CAACUACCUACCUACCUACUACCUACCUACCUACUACCUACCUACCUACCUACUACCUACCUACCUACCUACCUACCUACCUACCUACCUACCUACCUACCUACCUGUGUCUAUCUGCCUGCGGAGUGCCAACGGAGAGUUGCAGGGAUGCUUCUUACCACGAGUGUGUUCCAGCUCGCGCUCUUCUGCCUUCUUAUAAGUAACUGUCAAGCUGCCAAGAACAGCGCCACAGAAAAGUUAAACGCUCAGUUGAUCAGUACGGUCCAGGAUACACCGAGUAGUAAUGUAUCAAUGAAUCAAGCACGCAACGGAGGAAGGCGUUUGACCAGCGCUGCGCGGAAAGAGCAGGGUCAGGCACAGAGCCAGGUGGGCUGCAGAGAGCUGCGUUCCACCAAGUACAUCUCAGAUGGUCAGUGCACCAGCCUGAACCCGGUCAAGGAGCUGGUUUGUGCUGGGGAGUGUCUUCCCUCCCACCUACUGCCCAACUGGAUCGGCUCCGGUCCCGGGUACACCGGAAAGUUCUGGAGCCGCAGGGAGGGCCAGGAGUGGCGCUGCGUCAUCGACCGGACCCGGACCCAGCGCAUCAGCCUGCAGUGUCAGGACGGAAGGUCCAGGACCUAUAAGAUCACUGUGGUUACCUCAUGCAAGUGUAAACGCUACUCCAGGCAGAACAAUGACUCUGGGAAUGGGAAGUCAGAGCUGGAGGUCAGGCAGGGCCAGGGCCAGGGCCAGGGCCAGGGCCAGGGCCAGGGCCAGGGCCAGGGCCAGGGCCAGGCUCCACACUCCAGGGGCCCAAGAGGAGGAAGGGAAAGGAAGGGAAGAAUGGACGUUCUGGGCAGGAGGACUGGGCAGAAGAACAGUCUAAAAAAUACUGAACUGAGCCCGCUGUGCCCCCACUUCAGAAACAACACCAACAGACACUCGUUUUGUUUAGAAGGCAACAAUGUGUUUGCUGUAUUUAAUGCAGCUAUAUUGAGAAGGCUAUGGAAUGAUUCCUCAGACAGUGCAACUGGUUUGCCAAAUAUUGACCACUGUGGAUGUGUUUGUGUAUGUAUGCGUUUUUGUAUGAUAGAAUGAGACUAGUUCAAAUUGCACAAGAACCGCAUUUGACAGCUAAGAUGAUGAGUUCUCUCAACAGAUGAAUAUGUUGUCCACAUCAUAAUGUUUAGAUUAACAGAAAAAGCCAGAGUAUGUAUAUAAAUAGUGAUUCUAUACUCUGGGUUACUUUUUAAUGUAUGUAAAGGAUGACUAUGACAAUGUAAUAUAUUUUUGUAUGGGGAUAGCUGAACUAAAUAUAAAUAAGUUCAUGUUUUUAUAUAUUUGCUAGAUUCUAUGUAAUCACUUUCAGGACAAAUUGUGUCUCAAAUUAUUUGCCUUAGAUAAUGACAUAAAUCAUGUCUACUAUGAUUAGAUCACUAAUUGAAUAUAAAGAAUGACUUUUCUUUAAUAAUUAGUAUAAUAUGUUUUUGACUUGUCAAUAAAUUGUGUUUUAAUCAUUA